CCCAAACAGGACUGGAUGUUAAACGCAACUGAUUCACAGUUCUGGGAGAGGAACACUCAGAUUGCUUUGGGUGAACAGCAGUUCUUCAGAGCCAGCAUUGAAACCUUAAAGGAACGCUUCAACCAAACUGGAGUUGGGGCUUCAGGAUGACAGCAGGAUGUGUGGGUGUGUCUGAGGACAGCAGCAGACAACAUCCGUCAUGGAGGUGGAAGGCACAGUGGAGCCAGCCUUCGUGGAUGUGGACCAGGGCCUGACUCUGGCCUGCAUUGCCUUCCUCUGCCUACUGCUUAUGGCCAUGAUCAUCCGCUGUGCCAAGGUGAUCAUGGACCCCUACAGUGCAAUCCCCACCUCCACAUGGGAGGAACAGCACCUGGACGACUGAAAUACUCAUAUACAUAUUCAUACCAUGUAUAUGUGUUUUCCUCCAGGAAACCAUACAAGAAAAAGAUUGUUCUUCAAGGUUUCUGUAGUGAGGCUGUGAAUCAGAAUGAAACCUUGAUGACUCCACAAACUAUUUCAUUCCCAAAAGGCACAAGCAAGCCAAAAAUCUGGUUAGUCAAAAUAUAUUGAAUAUUUGCUUUUUAUAGAGAAAUUUGUAUAAUUUUAAAGACUUAAAUGAUGAAGAAGCACAUAAGACUGUACUUCUUCUGUUCAAAAGUUAUUUUCCUUGAAUACAAAUUCAAAAAUGUUUCUGCUAUAAUACGAGUGUGUUGAAGUUGAUUUUUAUUCUUUUGUUCCUUCAAAAAGGUUCAGUGUGGUACUUAGAGCAUUCUGCAGUGGUAAAUGUAGAGAAAACCUCUCUGGUACUUCACAGAACUAUCCCUUCACAGAGGAGAGAAUAACAUACAAACAAAAAGGCCUGGGCAUGAAUCGCACUCAUAAGAAAUGUCCAGAGGGAGAUAAUUCUGGGAUUCUGUCUGCUGACUAAGCCAUUGACGGAGUGACAAUAUUGUAACUACAGAGUAAAGCACAUAAAAUUGGCUUUUUGUAUCUACGUACCUAGAGGUGUCUUCAGGAGCCCUGGGCCUGUCUUACAUUCCUGUUGGACUAAACAAUCCCUAAUGGCAAGUGGACGCCAGCCUCAACUGACCGCGCUUUCCCUUUAUGCCUUGAGAAAUCAGCACACGAAGAAGAGAAGUGGC